AUGGGUAGGGUUAAAUUGAAGAUAAAGAAACUAGAGAGCAUAAGCAAUCGGCAUGUGACUUAUUCAAAGCGUAAAAGUGGAAUUUUAAAGAAAGCAAAGGAAUUGUCAAUACUGUGCGAUAUAGACAUUCUCCUUCUCAUGUUUUCUCCCACAGGAAAGCCGACAUUACUACAAGGAGAGCGCAGUAAUAUUGAGGAGGUUGUUGCAAAAUUUGCUCAACUUAGCCCACAAGAAAGGGCCAAAAGGAAAAUGGAAAGCCUUGAAGCUUUAAAGAAAACCUUCAAGAAAUUGGAUCAUGACGUAAAAAUACAGGAUUUCUUAGGUUCAAGCACCCAAACAGUGGAGGAAUUAUCUCAUCAAGUGAGGGUUUUACAAGCUCAGCUCACAGAAGUACAUCAGAGACUGAGCUAUUGGAAUAAUGUAGAGAAGAUCAACAAUUUAGAGCAUCUGAGGCAAAUGGAAGAGUCAAUACGAGAAUCAAUCAAUCGAGUGGGCCUGCAGAAGGAAAAUUUAGGGAAGCACCAACUCAUUUCACUUGAAUGUGCUAACCAGUUACAGGAAGGGAUGACAUUACCCUUGAUGAUGGCAAGUCUACAAGAAUCUCAACCGCUGUCUUGGCUUUUGAAUAAUGAUAAUCAUCAAUUGUUGUUACCAAGUGAACCAAAAUUUCUACCAUUUAGUGAUAAUACCAAUAGAGAAGCCGAGUGUUCCACUGACAUUUCACUUCCAAGCUAUUCAAGUUAUAUCGGAAACAACAAACUUGAAGUUGAGCUCUCCCCAAGUGACUACUUUGGGUCAAGGAGGUGGUGCAAUGAACGAGUUAAAUGGAACCACAUACUUAAAUGUACAACGUUGUGACCAAUUUGCGUUUCCUCCUCCACAAGAUAUUGAGGAAGCAAAACAUUUACCAACAUUAAACAACAAAUCAAACACCGUGGAUUACCA